AUGACGGAACGACCGACGCGGCGACGCAUCACGCUGCCGCCGCCAGAGGACGAGCAGCGACGGCCGCUCCUCAGCCGCAUGUACACCGACCACGGCGACGACGACGGCCUCUACAGCUGCGUCACCAACCCGCACAGCCACCUGCCCGUGUACACGACGAUUCACCGCAUACGCCGCGACAUUACCAGCGUCGUCGAGGACUACCUGAGCCUGGAGCAGCUGCGCGACGUGCGCAUCAACAUUACCGUCGUGCGGCCGCUCGUCGACAAGUUUUACGAGCUAAAUGACCUCUCGAUCGUAUACUGCCUGCUGGUGAAUCGCGCCCAAUUCCUCGACGAAGAGUCCUACUCGAGCAACCGCCAAAACGUCAACUGGACGCGCGCCACGCUCUGCGAAAUCAUUGCCACGCGCAUCCUCCGCCGCUUUGGCGAGGACCACGACGGGAGCGAGGGCCUGCUGUUCCUCGCGCACGUCCUCGUCGCCGGCUUCGACCCGUACCAGAACGCGCCGCGGGCCGUCCGCGCGGCCGCCGAGCGGCGCAUCUGGCGCGGCUACCACCGCACGCUGCCCUCGCUCGAGGUGGCCAUCCUGACGGAGAGCAAGCACUUUCUCAGCUCGACGACGUGCCAAAAGGUCGUCGCCGCCAUCUACGAGGGCCGCGUCAUCUACACGCCCUCGACGCAGUGGGACAUCAUCCCCGACCACUACAAGCUCAAGCCCAUCUCGCUCUACGACCCGCGCGGCUCGCCGCUGCUGAACCAGUACCGCCUGAUCGUGCCGCGCACCCGCACCAUCCUCGAGGCUAUUCAGUUUGCGAUCCUGCUCGCGCUGUACACGGCGCUCAUGGUGCUGCGCGAAAAGGACAGGCUCACCGUCACCGAGUGCCUCUUUGCCGUCUACGCCUUUGGCUGGGGCCUGGACCAGUUUGCCACGCUCAUCGCCCACGGCUGGAACGUGUACACGCAGAACCUGUGGUCGUUUCUGGACGUCGGCUUCGUCUUCAUCUACAGCGUAUAUCUCAUCCUGCGCGUGCAUAGCUUCCGCACGGGACUGCCCGGCCCGGGCGAGCAGUCCUUUGACGUGCUCGCGCUCGCGGCACCAUUGCUGGUGCCGCGACUAGCCUUCACCUUGCUCUCCGACAACCUCGUAUUCCUAUCGCUGCGCUCCAUGAUGGCCGACUUCUUCCUCCUCACGGCGCUUUCGGCGUGGUGCUUUUUUGGCUUCUUGCUGUCGCUCCUGUGGCUGGGAGAGGGCGCGCAUCCCUGGCUGACAAUCUCCAAGUGGAUGAUCUUCAUCUGGUUCGGUCUCGACGGGACCGGCAUCCAGAGGUCGGCCGAGUUUCAUUGGCUGCUGGGACCGAGCCUUAUGGUGGCUUUUGCUUUUCUCGGCAACACGCUGUUCCUGACGAUUCUCGUCUCCAUGCUCUCCAACACGUUCAGCAUCAUCUCGGCCAACGCAACCGCCGAGAUCCAGUUCCGUCGGGCCGUGCUCACCCUCGAGGGCGUCAAAGCCGACGCCAUCUUUGCCUAUCAGCCUCCGUUCAACAUCCUGGCCGUCUUUAUAUUCCUGCCGCUCAAGUUCAUCGUGAGCCCACGCUGGUUCCACAAGAUUCACGUGGCCGCCGUGCGGCUCGUCAACCUGCCGCUCCUGCUCAUAAUCGCCGUCGCCGAGCGCCGCAUCAGCUGGGACCACCACGACUACAAGUAUAAUCCCGGCAACAGCAGUGGCGGCGGCGACGCGACACCCGGACGAAAAUGGUUCUGGCAAAAGUGGCAGCUGUCCGCCAGCCGGUACAUCCGGUCCGUUUUUGACGAGCCGCCGUCGGACGACGUCCGCGACGACAUUGCCGUCGACGACCCCAUGACGCACCACCUCAUCCGUCGCCAGUUUACGCGCCAGACGACCGCGGGCAGCAUCGAGACGCGGAAGCCGCCGUCGCGUAGGGACUCGACGUUUCCGGGCGUCCGCAGGAAGCUGCGCGGCUCCUUCUCGGUCGCCGAGCAGGAGCAGGAGAGCCUCGAGGACCGCCUGCGGGCCAUGGAAAAGGCCAUGGCGCGCAUGGAGAUUAUGCUCGCCCAGCUGGUGCCGGACACGCAGGUUGGCGACGACGACGAUGACGGGGAUGAGAAUGCGGCGCUGGGCGAGUCGGCGAUUGAUGCCACGUCAGAAGACAGCUUUCCGGCUGCGAGCGCCUCUGAUGCCUCCCCUGCCUAUCAUCCAGAUACAGGCACCGCUCGAGACAAGCGCGAGCCUCGUCCAAGGGCGACGGCGGCCUGGAAACGUCGACGUAUUUGCCAGCAUGCGCUCGUGGUCGGCGGCGGCCCCGUCGGCGUCAAGGCGCCAUUCUCGCAAGUUGUCGCCCAGUCCCCCGCGAUGAACCCGACCAUUGCGGCUCCUGCGGCUGCCUUUGACGAGUUCCUCGCGCGCCUUGACGUCUCCUGCCGCGGCCCGCGCGCUGGACUCGGCCGCCGUGAUCCGCGCCAACGCGGAGCAAUUGGCGUCGCGCCGCCCACGUCGUGCGUGUUGGGCAUGGUCCGGGAUGCCAGGUCCAUGCCGCAGCACCUGGACGUCCUGUUCCGCCGAGGCGACUUUGACGGGUCGGCCAAGAUCCUCAGGCGCGGUCAACACCUUGGAAGGCGGCUUCUUCUUUGA